AGUAAACGCGGGACCCCCGGGCGGCGCGUGAACGGCUCGUGCGGAGUCCGGGUCGAGGCUGCUUGUGGCUUGAGCCUCUCUGCCUUUGCGGCUGAAUCCAUGGAGGCUCCGCAGCUGUGAGUGGAAAGGCCGGCUCUGCCCCUGACCACCCCGAAGGUCCAGCCUGGGCGUUUAUGGCGCCUUCCUUAUUGUGCCAGUUGCCCUCUUUGCUCUGCAGCAUCUUGCCAGCUCUUCUGCGACUUUUAUGAGGCGCGCAUCCUUAUAAAAUCAAGCAGCUUGGGGGUUUGUUGUUGUUGUUGUUGUGCAAUUUCUUGUGCCUGAAUCUAUACUCAUUCUCUGUCUCCCUCCGUCCCCAGCUCCUUACAUUAUGCAAUAUUAGGUCAUCCCAUAGAUGCAGUUAUAACUGCGUGCCACUUUCACCAAAGAACCCAGGCAGUAACUGCAGGACAAGCGCAAAGCUGUGCAGUCGGCUUAAGCGUUUUAUGUAAACUGUGUUUCGUUGUUGUUGCAGCAUCUGGCUGUGUCUAAUAUAUAUUUGUUCUCUUCUCUAUGUAGUGUUUAACCUGCCCUUUUUCCAAGGUGGUGUGUAAGAGCAUCCCAUUCCCAUUCCCACCACCACCCACCACCCUACUUGUAUCAUUGCAACAACCCUAUGGAAUAAAUUGAAUUCCGUUAACCCUGAAUGAUAGCGGGUGCCUCAAAAUCACUCAGUGAACUUUGUGGUGCAGUGUUGAGGCUGGGUCUCCCUGUUUCACGCAAGACUCUACCAGAAUAGCUCUCUAGCACAUUACAUGUGCACCACAUAUGUGGUGCCCUCCGAAGGCAUGCAAAUUGUUGAGUCAGAGUUAAAAGUAUAUUAAUGUUCUCUUUGAUUAAUUUUUUUAAAGCAUUGUGGGAAAUAGUUUGCUAGGUGUGUUCUGAGUGUACCAUGCUACCCAGGCUUCCUUGAGAAUGCACAUAUUUUUACUCCAGAGUGCAAAGUGUGAAAAAGGAGGUUAUAGUUGCCAUUUUGGGGCAAGAUGGUUUGAAAGUCUCCCCCCCCCCAAAUAAUGGACUGACUGUGAUUAUCUGUUAAACAUUUGGCUAGUUCAGAAGGCAACCUUGAGCUAGGUUAAGAACUUUGAGAACUGAAAGAAAGUCAAUUUAUCCAGGGACAGUCUACAUAUAUAUUGGCCUGUUCCUACAGGAUGUGGUAUUAGUGUGUGAAAAUAGUAAAGGUCCAAUGAUCCCCAGAUAUGCCCUCCAAAUGAUGUCAUGCAUCUUCACUUGGUAACAAGUGGCCAGUAGGCAGGUGCAAAAUGUGCCUGGUGCCUGGCUAAUUUUGAGUGUGUGUGUGUGUGUGUGUGUGUGAGAGAGAGAGAGAGAGAGAGAGAGAGAGAGAUGCAUAUACAUAAACACACACCCAUACAUAUAUCUAAUUGAUGAUAAUAACCAUAAACUAUAACAUACACCAUUCUCAGAAUGACUGAAUCUAAAGUAAACUGUAACAAAACUCCAUCCCUGUGGAUUGAUAUUGACUAGAGAUGGAGUGAGCCAGUUUGAUCAACUUGCCAAUAAAAAGCCAACUUUUCUACUGUGGAGAUGUUAAUAGGAGAUAUUUUAUAGGAGACAGUACAUUCACCUGUCAUUUAAUAAUGCUCUUUAGGGUAGCCAGGGAUAGAACUUCCUCCAAGAUUGGGUUGGAGCAGAGGAAUAUAUCCAGUCUAGGAUGCAGGCCAUGGAAUAAUUCAGAUGAAAGUGAAGGAUUCAACAGUUGCAAAUUGGAUUCAGUAGAGUCUAUUUAUCUUCUCUUUUCCUGGGCUGCACAUGGCUAUUCUGCAGAAAGAGAGAAAAAAUAAGACCAUUGAAAUGUUACAUAUUCGUCUUUAAAACUGCCCUGAAAAUGGGGGGUUGGAAUAAUCCUCCUGGGUUUUGAUGCUGGCAAAUAUAUGAAAUAUUUUCCUGUUUUGGUGAUGAUAUUCUCAAUAGCAUAAUUUCCUUUUAGUUAGGGUCUAAGUUCUGUUGAAUACACAGAGGCUUCCUUUUGCUUAAAUCAUGCACAGGCAUGCCCCUAGCAUCCAAAAGACAGUGCUGCAGCAUCUUUUGAAAUUACCUGAUUUAUUUAUUUUUGCUGCCACAAAUUCUCUCACGUGAAGCAAUAUAACAGACUCCCCUUCUCUUCCUUCCUGGUUCUCUUCCUUCCUGGUUCAGUUACAGGAACUGGAAGUAUAGAAAAAUUGAGUAUGGUUAUAAACAGCCAUCUCAUCAUCAGCCUCCCUGCUUAAUGACCUCAUCUCUAGCAGUGUCUGUAUGACUUGCUUUUGUUUGUGCUGAGCAUAGAUGAUGCUUCAGAGUUGCCUCCAUGGCAAAAAGAAAAUGCACACAUAUGCAUGGCUUUGUUCUGUUAGUACUAGAAUUCCAAGGUCAAUGUAUUUUUGUACUGAGUACUCAAACUGUCUGAGAGUGAAACAGGGUCUGUUUAUCCAGAACUGAAACAUGCAGCCUGUUGGAGAAAACAUUGAUGACUAAGUAUAAACCUUCAGCAUUAUGCCAGGGACAGUGGGGAUGAGUUUCUUCUUCAUCCACCUCAAAUUCUGAGUGCCCUUUGCUUGGGCCAGGAAUUGGGCUGUUGAGUGUUCUCCUUGGUUUCUACUACUUCUCACCGAAUGGGUGGGGUUCAUCCUGUUCUGGAAGGAGUUGCAUUCCCCCUAAAGAGGCAGGUGCACAAUUUAGUGGGACUUCUGGAUCCGCCUCUGUUAUCGGAGGCACAAAUUGCUUUGGUGGCAUGAACCUUCUGCUGAGAACCCAGCUGUGUGACCCUCUCUGGACAAGGAUAACCUAGCUUCAGUUGUCUAUGCUCUGAUCAUGUCUGGGCCAGAUGACCAUGUGGAGCUGCUUUUGAAGACAAUUUGGAGACUAUAGCUAGUGCAGAAUUCAGCAGCCAGAUUGCUGAGUGAGACUAGAAGGUAUGUUCAUAUUACACUGAUUCUGGCACAAUUGCACUGACUACUGAUAAGAUUCUGGGCUCAAUUCAAAGUGCUGAUUUUGACAUACAGGCAGUGACCAAUUUAUGCACAUCCAAUUGACGUGUGACUGUGCAUGCGUGCAUUGCGACAACCUAGAAGUGGCCAGAAAAUAGGGCAUAACAGCUUAUGCGUGCUCCUCUGAUGCAUGCAAGGGUCAGGAACGUAACCCCGGUACGUUCAAGACAACAAAGUUUUUAAUAUAGAGUUGAAAUCUUUUUUUAUAUACUUUCAAAAAUAUUGUGAACAGAUUAAGACAUUAGCAGGAUUAAUUACAAAAAUGUGCAGUGAUAUAAAACAAAUAUUGACUAUAUGUGAUAAAUAAUAAAUAGGCUUAAUUUGGAAAUGCAGUAAAAAUAUUAUAAACAUAAGGAACCGCUGAAAGAGGUGGAGGAGAGUCAAAAUAUGUAAUAAUGUAUGUAAUACUGUAUGUAAUAAUGGGCACAACAAGCUGCCAGUCUGGACACAUUCUAUGGCUUGAUUCAGCUAGAUGAUGAAAUAUUUCUGAAUGUAUGAUGUUGAUAAUGUCUGGGGAGGGGACAGGGGGAAGUCCCAUCAUUCAAGCAGAACUAGCUGCACUUGUGUGUUUAUUUAGUUCAAAGUUUCCCAAACUUACUUUGUUUUUGGACUACAGUUCCCAUCAUCCCUGACCACCACUGGUCCUGCUAGCUAAGGAUGAUGGAAGUUGUAGUCCAAAAGCAGCUGGAGACCCAAGUUUGGGAAACUCUGAUUUAGUCGAAUGCCUCCUUAUUCUUGCCACAACCUUUCAGAUAUACUGUAAUUUCAUUCAACCCUAGUGAUGUUUCUUGCUUUGUGGGGGCCCCUGCUACUGAUAGUUAAAUCAGAAGUGUUUUGGGUGUGUGUGUGUGAGGAAGGUUUUUUAGAAGCCAGCAGCAGCAGUUGUGCUAAAUCAGGGGUAGGCAACCUAAGGGCCAUGGGCCAAAAGCGGCCCACGGGGAUUGUUUAACCGGCCCCCGAACUGAGCCACCCGCUCGGUGAGUCCCUGUGUACUGUGCUAAACCGGCGCAGCGUGGGGACUCGCUUUUGCGGCACCGGAAAUUGCGUCUGCGCAGACGCCAGAAGUCGCAGGCGGGCGCGCUCAGGCGCGCACACAAUCCAGCCCACAGAGGGAUCUCCGCUAGAGUGAACCGGCCCAGGUGCGGUAAAUCUUGCUGACACCUGUGCUAAAUAGCGUUGUCAAGAAAAACAAGAGUUUCUAGGAAGUUCUCUGACUGCUUCUGAGUGUUGCUGUGUUGAUAGGAAGAUUCAAUACCUUGAGCCUUGGGUAUAAAUGUUUCCUCUGGGUGACGACAUGCAGAAUGCUUGGGAAAGGUCACUGCAUGACAUGAUUUCCCUGGUGAGUCAGUGUUUUGCUUUGUAUUCAACCCCUGAACUGAGCCACUUCUUUUCCUUGUCACCUGCUCCUGAGUGGUUUCAGACUGGAAGUCAGACUGACAGUAACACAGAGGGCAGUGCCUGGAUAGUCAGCCCUGCUUACCAGUAGCUGCUCUAACAGAGCUUUAGAGAAGUGCUCCUGUAUAUGGCAAACAGUUCUGUUUCUUUUUUUCAUUUUCUGCAUUUAAAGUCAUGCAUGUGAGAGAGUCUGAAAUUGCUUAAAUUGCUGCUGUGUUAUUGUUGCUAGAUCUAUCACCAUGGAGAGUGAUGGAUAAUCUUUAGCUGACUAGCACACCCCAUUGAAAGAUUUUCUCAGGCUCCUUUUAUCUUAGAUCAUUUCUCACUGGUUUAAUUCAGAAUGGGUUUGUUGUCUCCGUAGUGCUAAGAUCACUCUGGUUUUCCCUGCAUAUAGAUAUGCUGUAUGAAGCCGUGCUGAAUUCAGACUUCGGCUUUUAGAUGUGUGCAAUGCAAUUCUAUGUAAAAAAUAUACAGAUAGCUGAGUUGACCUAUAAGAAAAAUGCCAAAUAUUAGGGCACUACUUUUAUUAGGCCAACCAAAAUUGCACAGUAUUUUAUGACAUUUUGAUUGGCCCAAUAAAGGCAUUGCCCUAAUAUGUAUUUAGACAGGUUUGCUAGUUCAGGGGAAUGGAAACUAGAGGGAAAACUGUUAGGCUGAAUAAAGUGAAAUGUCCCAUAACGCCCGAAGCUUCCACUCAGUCCUACAACAGAAACUGCCAACACAUUUUUUCAGCAUGUCUUUCAGGCACUGAGGAAUAGGAAUUUGCUUUUGAGAAACAGGCCUUUCUCUUCUUUAGGACUCUCGCUGUACCCUGUGGAAUGGAUGGAUAAACAGUUAAAACACUGAGGGUCAGAUAGACUACUGCUGCUGCAUUAUUUCUGCCCUGCAGCUCUUAAAGCUUCAGGCAGUCUCUGGGUCUGAAUCUGGUAGCCCUCUUUCUGAACUGCUGAAACCGAAGUUGGCAACAAGAAUCCGGGGGCUUCUGUUAUGAGCUACCUAAACCAGGUGUGGGGAGCCUUAGGACUGCAUUAUAACCCCCAUCAGCCCCAGCAAGCAUGGCCAAUGGCCAGGGAUGAUGGGAGUUGUAGUUCAGCAGCAUAUGGAGACCUAAGGUUCCCCACACCUGGUUUAAUCUGCCCAUGCCAGUUUCCAGGCUUCUCUUGUGUCCUUAAAAGUGAACUCUACUACUUGACUGAGAAGCAGAACCUUGGAUAGAGCCAUGGAGGUAGCAGGCUUGAUGCCAAGGGACAAAAUAAGCAGGUUGCAGCCUCCUCCUUAGUUCACAGAUGGAGAAAACUACCAUUUGCCAAGACAGUGAUAUCACUCAGGUGUGGGGGUAUUUACUUCACACACUCCAGCGUUAUCCACAAGUGCCUGUCUUUAUUUUCACUGUCAUCAGCAAACAGUUGCCACUCUCCAGUGUUAGAAAUCAGCCAGGUGCCAGGCGCGUUUUGCGACUUGCAUGGAUCAAAUUGUGAUCAGGUGCAGAUAUCUGGAUGCAAGGUUGGCGACUGACAUCUCCAUCUGGCAGGCCCCUCCAGCUUUCUUAAGCAGGAAAAUCCAGAUUCUGUGGACUUCUACUGCACAGCCAAUACCCUCCCAUCCUAUCCUACCAUCCAGACUGGUAAGACAGAGGGCAGGUUAUUCUUCAGCAGCACGUUCACAAAGGGAAAUCAAGCCAAACAUCUGAAGGCCAAUGCCAGUUGCAACCCUAAUCAUUUAGCUCCCAUCACCUCCUUGUUCAAGCAGUGUCAGAAUCUUUCCAGAGGCACCUUCCUCUUCUGCACCUGGAAUUUUUAUGUUGUUUUUUUUGACAAAAUUUCCCCAAAGUUUCUGGUCUGACUGCCAAUAAAAUGGAGGCAUUGGAGGUCGAUGACAUCAGUCCAGCCUUGGAAGUGACGGAAGAUUUCUUUAGCACCUUUGAUGCUAAACAAGAGAAUGUUCACCCACCAGAGGUUUUUGGGGUCCAGGAAGUCCCUGAGCUGGUCGGCCACGAGGUGUUUAAUAGGAUUGCAGCCUGCGGAGACCUGAGGAACAUCACUUUGGGGAAGACCAACCUCGUUUGGGAGCACUGCAAAAACGGACUCUUGGAAACCAAAGUGCAGACUGCAAUUCCUGCCAAAGAACAGUUUGGAGUACAAAGGGGAAUGGUUCCAGACAACCUCUCUUGGGUGGAAUGGGGGGAGGCCUCGGCUUUUAACAUCUGCCAGAGGAGGCGGGGUCGGCCCCGUUCUGUGAACGAUAUUAUAGUGCAGAGUGAGGAAACGGCCACUUUCAAGCCAGGCCACAACCGGUCACGCUCAGACGUCAGCCACAUAGACUGGGGUGUCAUCUUAGCUGAUGCCUCUUCACAGCAGCCGUCUAAUCAAGACAAUCGAUGUCCUAAACUUUCAUUUGCACCAACUGGAUUUGAAAAGGGAGAGGACAUUCAAGGGAAUUCUGAACACAAGCCGACGUUCUCAAAUAUCCUGAAGAAAGGAUACUUGGAAAUUAAGAACAACCAUGACAGCUAUUGGCAGACGUGCUGCGCAGAACUCACUCCAUACAAACUGUACCUGUAUUGGCUUGACAACAGUGGGAACCAGAACCUUCCUACUGUCUACCUGCUUUUGCAUUUCCAAAGCAUCAACGUGGAAACGAAUGUGGUUGAUGCAGUGCUGUUCAAUAACUCGCACCUGCAGCUUAAGGCAGAGUCUCCAUGGGAGGCCUUGGACUGGGGGCAGAAACUUUGGGAAGCUGUUCAUUCCUCAGUGCCAUCUUUCAUGAGGCCCCAGGGAGAUCUGGGGCGCUCGCAGAAAUUAGACAACGAUGAGAGCGGCAUCAUCCAAAAUCGUGGUUUACAGAAGGAACCUACCCAAUUUUUCCAGUCGGCAUCGUUGACCCAAAACAUCAAGGACUACCAAAACAUUCUCAAAUCAGGGACUCUUUACAGACUGACGCUCCAGAAUAACUGGAAAGCAUUCCAUUUUGUACUCAGCCGGUCUCUCCUCAUGGCGUUUCAGACCGGUGGGCUUGACGAAGACCCUCUGUUGAGCUACAACAUUGACGUGUGCCUGUCUGUCCAGACUGAUAUUCUGGAUGAUUGUGACUCUUGCUUUCAGGUUAUCUUUCCUCAAGAUGUGCUUCGUCUGCGGGCAGAAACCCGUCAAAGAGCUCAGGAAUGGAUGGAGGCCUUGAAGUCUGCCGCCAAUGCAACCAGGAGCUUGGGUCAGAAUCUGCAAGUGACGCUCAGAAACAAAACCCAAGGCCUGUUGUGCGGAAAAGAGCAUAGGAAGAUCAAACGCCAGUCGGUAACCACCAGCUUUCUGAGCAUCCUGACUACCUUGUCGUUGGAAAGAGGACUGACUGCCCAGAGUUUCAAGUGUGCAGGUUGCCAGCGGUCCAUAGGCCUCUCCAAUGGCAAAGCCAAGGUGUGCAGUUACAGCGGGUGGUACUAUUGCAGCAUCUGUCAUGUGGACGACAGCUUUCUAAUUCCUGCUCGGCUGGUUCAUAACUGGGACACUUCAAAAUACAAGGUAUCAAAGCAAGCCAAAGAGUUCCUGGAAUAUGUGUAUGAAGAGCCCCUGAUUGACAUCCAGCAGGAAAACCCGAUGCUGUAUAGACAUGUUGAGCCACUGACAACGGUGGUCCGUCUGAGACAGCAGCUGAAAUCCCUCCGAGCCUAUUUGUUCAGCUGCAGAGCAGCAGUGGCCGAAGACCUGCGAAGGAGAAUUUUCCCCAGAGAGUAUCUUCUUCAGCAGAUCCACCUGUAUUCCCUGGCAGACCUACAGCAGGUUAUCGAAGGGAAGCUGGCCCCUUUUCUUGGGAAAGUAAUCAAAUUUGCCACUUCCCAUGUGUACAACUGCAGCCUUUGUAGUCAAAAGGGAUUCAUGUGCGAGAUCUGUAACAAUGGCGAGAUCCUGUACCCCUUUGAGGACAUUUCUACAAGCAGAUGUGACAGCUGCGGUGCCGUCUUCCAUUCAGAGUGCAAGGUGAAGUCGGUGCCAUGCCCCAGGUGUGUGCGGAGAGAGCUCCAGAUGAAGCAGAAGUCUUUCUGGAGGAGACUCAACAUGGAUGAAAGCCUGGAAGAGGCCUGCAACAUGUUUGAACUGUCCUAUCAGAACACUUGACUCAAAGGAAGAAGCUGGCAGUCUGCAGAGAUCCCUUUCCUGCUGUAGAAUGAAUGCUUUACAAGGCAACGUUCCACUGCCGGGCAGAACCCUUUCCUGCAAAAAGAUUGGCUAAUAUUCACCUUUUUGGUUACUGAAUAGCAAGGGUCAAUGUUACUAAGAAGAUUGAAGGCAGAACGCAUUCAUGAAGUCUAGGUCAACCAGGUGGUCUAAAGCCAAAUGUAGUUUACUUGAAAUAUUUCCUAUUCUCUUUGCAUUUAUUGUUAGAAAUAGAAAUAUUGUGUGCAUUAUUUAUUAUGAUGUUUCCAAGUGAACUAUUUUGCAGAAAUAGCAAAGGUGGCACUGGAACUUAAAGGCCCCAGAGUACUUUGCACAGGGGGCCUAUGAGAUGUAUUUGUGGGGUCUUUUCCAGCUUAGAAGGAUGUUUUAGUAAACCAUCCUUAAAACUACAUUCCUCUCCCACCUCUCAAUUAUAGCAAACUCAAUUAUAGAUCCACAUCUAUAUGACUAUAGAAUAGCAAUCCUUGUACGCUGUAUGAACCAAGUGCUAGAUGCUGUUUAGUUCUUGCAUUACUGUUCUUGACUACUGGAACAGCAGCUCAUGGUUGUAGAACAUGCACAGCUUUAUAUCUGCACAACAUUCCAAUCUCCUACUAAGUCAACAAUGCAAAUCCCUGUGAUUUUUCUCACAUGUAGCAUGAUUAAACACCAAAAUGCAUCUAUUUUGAUGUUAAACAAUGUACACACUGCUUUGCUGCUGCUUUGGAAGUUGACCACUUUUUCUAAGCACCUUUCUCCACCUUCAUACAUGUUGAAAUGGUGAGCUGAGGGUUUCGCAGAGCCGGGGUCUGUCUUGACUCUCUCUCUGCUGCUCUAUGCUUUUGGCUGCACUUGAUAUGGGGACUCAGAAUACCAGCCUGAGCAGUUGCUGGGGACAAAUGCUUCAGCACAGCGAGGAAGAGGCACAUCUUGGAACACCUCGGUCGAGAAAUUGGGACUUAUGCAGUUUCUAAUUCUGCAUCAGGAAGUGCAUGUACAGAACUCUGCACAUGGUGGCUGCAGAUUGUCAGGUGUGCAUACACACUCACUGUGCACACAGCACUGCGUACUGUGAAUUGCAAUGCACUUUCCAUGUGUCUUAUGAUAGAGAUUGGAACGUGCUUCCUUGUCUUUUGCCUGAGGGUUUGGUACACGGUUUUUACCCAUGGGAUCCUAGUAACACAUAACAUUUUGCCCACCUAUCCAUCUGUCUUUGGAGUGAGGCCCAUUAAUCCUCCCUGUUCUGUGUAUCUGGUACUUAAAGAUAUGUCAAAUGAAGUUUGCUAAUGCUGCAUUCAUUUCACCCUUACCCAGACCAGUCAUGUGCACCUACGUAGAUUCACCUACUGGUAGCUUAUGUAAGCUUUCCCAGCCAGAUAAAUGGAGAAUUCCAGCCUUCAUUCAUAUUGAGUCUCUACAUUGAAGGCAGAGAAUCAUAAAAAGGUAGCAGCAGAUUUAAUUUACUGGCACUCACAAAUGUUUCCUCUGAGCCUGAUUUUGUUUCUUUGUUUUUAGCCACUUAGAGGCUGUGUUCAGAGGUAACUAUAAGCCAGGCAUAGACAACCUUGGCUCUCCAGAUGUUUUGGAACUACAACUCCCAUGAUCCCUGACCACUGGCCCUGUUAGCUAGGGAUCAUGGGAGUUGUAGUUCCAAAACAUCUGGAGAGCCAAAGUUGCCUAUGCCUGCUAUAAGCUAUGGUUUUAUCAUUUGAGCAACAUGCUUAGGAGAAUCUCAGGCUCAUGUGCUUGCUCCUCAAGGAGGAGAUUGGAAGCUGUUCCUUCUCCUUUUGGAUAACUGCAGUUUGGCCUUUGUUGGUUUGAACUAUGCUUUAGUGAAACAAGCCAACUUCACAUCUUGGCUGAUGCUGCCGACCUCUUUCAGUAAACCAGUUAAGCUUAACCAUAGCUUAGGGCAGGCAUCCCCAAACUUUGGCCAUCCAGAUGUUUUGGACUACAGUUCCCAUCAUCCCUGACCACUGGUCCUGUUAGCUAGGGAUCAUGGGAGUUGUAGGCCAAAAAAUCUGGAGGGCCGCAGUUUGGGGAUGCCUGGCAUAGCUGCCAAGUUUUUCCUUUUCUCGUGAGGAAGCCUAUUCAGCAUAAUGGAAAAUCCCUUUUAAAAAGGGAUAACUUGGCAGCUAUGAUGCCUGGUUUAGGGUUUGGGCGUAAACACUAAACUGAGAUUAAUCAAAGCUAGCAGCCUGAGGCUUCCCUGGGCUUGUUCCUUUUAGUGAAUAGCAGUAAACCUUAGGCUAUUAUUAGGUCCAAAUGCUCACACAGUCUCUGAGAUCUUUUAUUAUUCAAUGCAGUUAGUAUCUCCAUAUUUCCUGUUCUUCCUCCAAUGCAUAUAUAUUGAUCCAAAUAUAGUUACUAAUUUGUAGGAAGCGCAUUGUUCUGUGAAAAUAAUGCAUAGCUGUAUUUAUACCUACCUGUUAAUGCAUCCUUCCUUGUGGUACUCUCCAGGUAUUUUAGACUACAGCUCACACACAUCAGGCUCAGUGGUCAGCUUAUUUUGGGAGUUCUAGUCUGAAACAUCUGGAGAGUAGUAGGUUAAUCCAGUAUCUUAGAUUAUAUAUUUAAGGCAACAAAUAUAUUUAAAAUGGAGGAUCCUGAGUAAACCAAACCUUAACGUGCCUUUUAAACAGGAAGAUAAAUUCAAAAAUUUCUCUCUGAAACGGGAAUUUUAUAAACGAGAGCCGUGGGAAGGCUGGUUACAUAAGAAAUAGAAGGGGUAGGGAAAUAGAGUGUUUCUGUAGCUAAAGCUUUAGAGAAAAGAAUGGCAGGAUCUUAGAGCUGCUGUCCACAUUACUUUUCUGUAAGUCACUGCUGCAUCUGCAUACGUGCACAUGUACAAACAUGUUAUCCCGUGAAACUUGUUUCAGGGCACACCUGUAAAAUGGUGUCCAUUAGUAAUGUUUUUACUCAUUUAUUUAAGAGCUCUGCAAAUGCAUUCAGAUACAGGUGUGAUACGCGAGAAUUGUCCCGCUUUAAAUAUGUAACCUGAGAAGCUACCGUAACAUGAGAAUGAGGGUGGGGGCACAUCUGAAAACAAUACAAUGUUGUUGAAAGGAAAGGAAGGAAAUAGCACACACCAGGUGAAUUCUUGACUGUGGCACCGUCCACAGCUCCAAAGGCUCUAACCAAAGUGAAUAGACAUGCAUCACAUUUCACCCUGCCUAUGGCUUGUUACUGAUCGUAGCAGUCUCUCCUUGGUGGACUUUUAUGCCGGAGGUGUCCUGUCCACAUGGCAGAGAGCAGAAUUUUGUUUCUUGUGUUUGCAGCACAAUACUAUGGGAUGCCUCUUCUUUCCCUUGGAAGCUGAGCAGUCAUUGCCACUGUCACACGGGUUGCAGUGGCAGAAUAGAAUAGGGCAGUGAGGAAUGCUUGAGCACUUAAUAUAAAAAGGCACGACACAAAUCUGUUGUUCUUAAAUUUCCGCUUUGUCAGCAGAAACUUUCAGAUUCUGUAGCCAUGUGUUUCCCAAGCCAUAGACCAGUUGCUCUUCUUUCUGAAUAUCUGCAUGAGAAAGAGAAAGUGCCAAGCCGUGUUGAGUUUAUUGAGUUUCAGUGUUGAGCCCCAUUGACUUCCAUGCUACAAGGGAAAGGAGUUAUUUCAAAUUAUUGGUCUCCUUAAAAUACAUUCUAGCAGCCUUUAGAAAACAUCUCUUCCUACUUUUUAUGUAAACUAUUUAUUUAUUUAUUUUUCUUUUUUACUUAGAGUAGCUAUGAGCCAAUUUGAGACAUGGGCAAAUUAUUGGCUCACAGAAAAGAGGGUAAUUUUGAAGCCAGUGUCAAUCCCUAUGAAUAACAAGGCAACAACUUUGGUAGCUGGAGCACGAUGUUGAAUCCCGCCCAGGGUAUUUGAAAUUAGCUGGUUACUCUUAAGAAAAGGAGGGCAUUAGAUUGCAUGGGUAGAUGCAGGAUAUCAUGGAUUAACAAAAUAUGUGUUUUUAAAAACACUCAGGUGACUAACCCUGAAUAUGACAAUUUCUGUAUGGCUUUAAUUAUCAGCCUAUAUUUCAUUAUUACUUGAGUCAGUUGAAUUGCAGUAAAUAUCAACAAACCUUCAAAAGUGUGCUGGUAACACUGAUAAUUGAAAUAGCAUUUAUUUCUAAAAUUGUUGCGAUGUACAAAAAUGUCAUUAUCUAAAACAGGAGGGAGCAACCCGUGGCCCUCAGACACCCAUGAUUUGGGGUGAUGUAGUCCAAUAACAUUUGUACGGUUGCUCCCCUCGCUAUCCAAAGCAGGGGUAAGCAACAUUCAUGUCAUGUCUUGAAUAACACUUAUAAAUGGUAACCAAAUGUUAAAAAGAAGAAUAAAUCAAUUGAAUUCUCUCCCUUUUUUCCUGUCCUCCAAGUUGCUACUUGCCUCUCUGAAGAAUGCUCCGAAUUCAUCCAGUUUUUUGCUGAUAUUAUUUAUGAAGCUGUUAAUCAGUUUAUAGUUAGCUCAGCAGCCUUUUCACUAACACAAUUCCCCACCCUACUCUAUAACACGUUGGGUGUUUUGUUUUUUUAAACCAUAAGUCCGAAUGAUCCAUGUCACAAUUCCACACAGUCAAUGAAUUUCUCUGUGUCUUAGAAUAAUAAAGCUGCUUUUACUCUAGAGGCAUUGCAGUUAAUAGAUUGUUAGUAUUAUUUAACUUGAUUUGAUCUUAGUAUGUUUGUGAAUUAUCCAGUUAAAUGGGUUGUUGGCUAAUCCAGCCCAAAUAGCUAAAUCAUUUGGUCCACUAGCAGCCAACAAUUAACUGAAUAAAAGCAGAGGGAUCAGCAAAUGGAAUGGAUGUAUCUAAUUAACUUAACCUCACAUGCUAUAAUAAUUCAUUGGUUGGUCCAAUUGGCAGUCCAAAUCUUCUCAUAAAAGUGAUUUCAUUUGCUUUGGAAGAAAUAAGCCGCUCUGAAAUUGUGCCCUGUUCCAGUAUGAGGAGCAGCUGUACUGAAAUGUACUUUUGUAGUGUUUCGGGGAUCUAAGCCCAUCCUCUGCCUCUAACCUUCAUUUAACAUUCAGCCAUUUUUACCUACAAACCUGGGAAAUGCAAACUUUUUGCUCCCAAAUUUGAGUGAGGGAAAUACAACCAAGCAUUAUUUUAUAGCUGUUAAUCUAAACCUGACAACUGCUUGUUUAUUUCUGCAGGUGGUUUGCUAUUUUUAAUUUUACUUUGUUGUAAGUAUGUUAAACAUUUUAUUUUUAUUUUUGAAAACUGCAAUGGAGCCAACACCUUUAUUGAUUACAUGUAUUGUUUCGUACUGUAUGUUUUAAAUUAUUUGCUAUCACGUCCGUGUGCUUAAUUUCUGAAUAAUACAUGUUAUAUUAUUAGUUCCACUCAAAUGAGUUAGUUUAUGUUGAUAAUGUUGAUUAUGUUGAUAUGGAUCUCUUACACUGCAGUGUAAGGCACUUGUUCCCAGGUAAGCCUAAGUGGUCCAUAACACAUUGCUGAGGGUGACUGACCCCUACUGUACAAAAGGCAACACUCAAUAAACAGUUCGAUAUAAAAUGGGUAUCUUCACAACAGUCUUUAUUGAAACCAUUUAAAGUGCAAGGUGCUUCUUAAACAGCGAGCAUGAAGUUUAGCACUUUGAAGUCCCGUUGACUUUAAUGAGUGAGAUGAUAGUGCCUUCUAAGCUUUCCCAAUGAAGUCAGUGGGAUUUCAACAUGCUUUAACUUUCUGCAUCACCAAAAAAGACGACAACAUAACAUAUUCCCCCAAAGAAAUAAUUUCAGAAUUGGCAGACUUCUACUCCAAAUUAUACACCUCUCAUAGCCCAUCAGAGAAGGAAAUCAACAAAUUCCUAGCAGGACUGACCAUGCCUACCUUAACCGGUGAGGAACAGGCAGGGCCGGC